AUGGACGCGGGCCGCACGGAGAACCUGUCGGUGGUGUACCAGAGCCGGGACUUCCUGGUGGUGAACAAGCACUGGGACCUGCGCAUCGACAGCCGGAUGUGGCGCGAGACGCCCACCCUCCAGAAGCAGCUGCGCCACCGCUUCCCCGAGCUCGCGGAUCCUGACACCUGCUACGGGUUCAGAUUCUGCCACCAGCUGGACUUCUCCACCAGCGGGGCGCUCUGCGUGGCCCUGAACAAGGCGGCAGCCGGCCGCGCUUACAAGUGCUUCAAGGAGCGGCGCGUCACCAAGGCCUAUCUGGCUCUGCAGGUGCGGGGACACGUGCAGGAGAACCAGAUGACCAUCAGCUACGCCAUCGGCAGGAACAGCACUGAGGGUCGUGCUCACACCAUGUGCAUUGAGGGCACUCAGGGCUGUGAGAACCCAAAGCCGAGCCUAACAGAGCUGGAGGUCCUGGAGCACGGGCUGUACGCUGGCGCCCCUGUUUCCAAAGUGCUGUUGCGGCCUCUCACAGGCCGGACACACCAGCUGCGUGUGCACUGCAGUGCCCUCAGCCAUCCCGUCGUGGGGGACCUGACCUAUGGGCAGGCAUUGGACCAAGAAGACCAGCCCUUCCGCAUGAUGCUGCACGCCUUCUAUUUGCGUAUCCCCACGCACACGGAGCGCGUGGAGGCCUGCACACCAGACCCCUUCGUGCCGGCCCUCGACGCCUGCUGGAGCCCCCACACCCUGGUGCAGUCCCUGGACCAGCUCGUCCAGGUCCUGAGGACUGCUCCCGACCCUGGUCCCACAGAAGGGAGCCCUGCGCCCUGCAGCACUCCCACGCCCCCCAGCAAGCCCCCCGAGACAGAGGCACAGCGGGCCUCCUGCCUGCAGUGGCUGUCGGAGUGGACUCUGGAGCCUGACAACUGAGAGCAGCAGGCUGGGCGGGAGUGGCAGGCUAGGCCCACGAGGGGGAUGGGGGCUGCCGGGGAGAGCCCUGGGCCCAUCCUGGGUAGGGGCUGUCCCCGGGUGCGGCCUCUGUGGGUGGAGCCUGAGGCCCCCACUGCAGCAACCAGACCCGGAGAGACGGGCAGGGCCAGCAGGGGGCGCCAGGCCGCCGGGAGUUCGGAGGUGGGCCCUCCCCGAGCACCUGCCCUCCCCUGUGAGGGGAAACCAAGGCCUGCCUUAUGGGCUCCCAAGCUUUGCUCCUCCGGGUUUGUUUUAUGGAUCUGCCCAGGGUCGCUGUCUCAGAGACAGAGCCCACGGUCGGGCCUCGCCUCCUCCUGGCCCCAGGCCUCUGAGCACCCUGCUCCGCAGCGCGCUCCUCAGACCUCCUCUGUCGGUCGGCCGCUCCCGGCUGGGUCCUCCCUACCUGCGGCCCCGAUUCACCCGCCCAGCCAGUGCUGCCUCGUGCCUUUGCUCUUACCAGACUCUGCUUGUGGGCCCCCGCCUCCCCAUCCACGCGGCACCUGGGGGAGGGUCUGAGCCGCGCCCCUCGGUCCUCUCCCAGGCCCUCAGGCUUCAGCUGGGAGCACGGGUGGCCAGCACCCAUCUUUUCUAUCCCGAAUGUCCUGUCCGUGUCGGCCUAGUUGUAGCUGAGCUACGGGGCUUCAGAAUAAAUACUCAGUGACUGAC